AUGGAAUGGUUCCAAGAGAUUUUCUUUACAGUUUUUCUGAUAGCUGCGGCAGCCAUUUAUGGAGUUCAUGGAUAUGGAUUGGUUACUGGCACUGUUUUCUGUGACCAAUGCAAAGAUGGGCAAAUCUCCCUUUUUGAUUAUCCCCUAUACGGAAUAAAAGUGGGAAUUGCAUGUCCAGGGAGUGAUGGGCAAGUCACAAUGUGGAGAGAAGAAACAACAAAUUGGCUUGGCAGUUACGCUAUAAAGUUUGAGGGCAUCCCGGAUUUGAGUGGUUGUUAUGCCCAAGUUUCAGGCAAUGCACAAGGAUCAUCAGGGUGUGGGGCAGCAGUUGGCCCAGCCAUGUAUCCAAGACUAAUGUUUAGGAUGUUUGAUAUGGAAAUGUACGCAGUAGAUCCUUUGCUUUCUCAGCCAGCACAGCCUAUGCCCUUCUGCUCAAGCUCGACUAGCCCAGUGGUUGCCCCGGCUCCUCCGGUAAGGCUUCUUCCUCCAGUGCCUCGGAUUCCACCUUUGCCACCGUUACCCCCGUUGCCUCCAAUGCCUCCGGUGCCUUCCUUGGAAGCUUCAGCUUGCCCGCACCAGAAGUGGAUGAUGCCGGAAUACAAGUGCUACUGGAAGGUGGUUUCCCCAGACACGAAAGUAGCUGUUAUUUUUGGGCUGAUCGCCAGCCGGAGAUACGGAACAGACAUGACCCUGUGGGAAGGCAUGAAUGGGAGAGGUGAUCCAUAUUUGACUCUUUUAAGGGAAGGGACAACUGCUCUUCUUAAUUCCUACAGUAGUAUACAGUUCCCAUACCACCCUUUAGAUGUAAUCCAACAUAUGAAUUGGGCAUUAAUGGGGUCUACUAGGCAAGUUCUGCACACUGCCCUUAGUUUCUUGAGAGCAAACUCCGGCACCAGCACCGGCACCAGCGCGGCCACCUGCAGAUUUACUCCUUGCAAGUGA